CAUUCGCACCCGAAAAUUAAGCAAAGGAUUCAGCAAAAAACUAACUCAAGAAUGAAAUCUUUUUGUUUUAUUUCAAUAAAUCGUUUUAAAUAAGUGAACUAAUUACUCAAUUCAGUUAUACGAAAUUGCACCAAGUGGGCGCGUAGAUUUGAAGUGAAAAUUAAAUCCGGAAUUGCGGCAGAAGAGCCAAUCGAAGUUAAAAGUUUGGCGCCACCAACAAAAUCCGAAUGACGUGGAGAAAGUUCCAUUAGCAAGAAAUCAAACCAUAAAUCUUAGCCAAUAUUUUGUCAAGUAUUCUACGUAAAACUUCAUAAAAAUGUUCGAAAUCAGUGAUACACAGAAAAUCGGUGUUGGGUUGGCCGGGUUCGGAGUGGCCUUCCUGUUUCUGGGAGUGCUACUGCUGUUCGAUAAAGGUCUACUAGCUAUAGGAAAUAUACUCUUCAUCUGCGGCCUGGCCUGUGUGAUUGGUCUGGAACGGACGUUCCGGUUCUUUUUCCAGAAGCACAAGGUCAAGGCAUCGAUAGCGUUCUUCGGUGGAAUCGUGAUCGUGCUUGUCGGCUGGCCCUUGAUUGGAAUGUUGAUUGAAACGUACGGCUUCAUUCUGCUGUUCAGUGGAUUCUUUCCAGUGGCUAUCAACUUCCUGCGGCGGGUGCCGAUUCUUGGCAGUUUCCUGAAUAUGCCGGGCGUUAGUAAGAUUGUGGACCGAUUGGCAGGAGAUUCGAAUCGAACUACGGUAUGAUAGCAAUAAGCUAAGAUCAAUUCAUCCCUAGACUAGAGUGGGUAAGGAUUAAAUUAUGUAUAUCGUCGUAAGUCAAGCGGCUCUCGGCCAUUUAAAGUAAACCAAAAAAAAAAUCUAACAAAUCAAUCACUUUGGUUUGCACUUGUUUUUCAUUAGUUUCCUUUGCUGCGGAUUCGCGCACGAUGAAGAUUUAAAUUGAAAAAUAAAGACAACUUGCAUAAUGUAUUAUACUUAAAGAGAAAAGAGUCGACGCGUUGUUGGAAGAUUAAAUUUUUGUAAUGUGCAUUUUUCGUUGUACCACCGGUGAACGAUUUUUUAUGAACGAUGUUUGAUAGAGCAAAAAUGGCUUUGACAUUCAAUGUAAAAUAAUCGUCUCAUGGAAAAACUAAAAGUGUAUUGAUUGGUUAGAGAAAAGAACUUCCCUGGUGGUGGGUUUAGGUUAUUAGAUAUUUUGCGUAUAUAUAUAUAUAUAUUACGUUCAUAUCUUCGAGUAUUCCGAAGACAUUUUCCACGCACUUGUAUACC